AUGGAAGUCGCGGAAUUGGAAAAUGCUGGCCGCGACGACCUUAAAUUGGAACCACCAUUCGCAGGGCAACUGCCGCCGGGUGAGCUGCUCAAGGAGCAGCAGCCGCCGUCGUCUCUCGGCAAACAGAAUUCGAUCCUCUCACUCACCCUCGAUGAAAUCCAGUACCGAAGCGGCAAGAGCUUCGGCUCGAUGAACAUGGACGAGUUCCUAGCAAGCAUAUGGAGCGUCGAGGAAAACCAGUCGUUGCCCUGCCAGAAUGAGCCCCCUAGUGCUAAUAUAAAUACGGCGGGCCAGUCGUCUCUGGCGAGACAAGGCUCGUUCUCAAUCCCGACUCCACUUUGCAACAAGACUGUGGACGAGGUGUGGGAGGAGAUACACAAGGACCACCGCCAGUCCCCGAAUAACGAGAACAACACCAACCUCGCUGAUCAUGAACCGCCUAGGCGACAACAAACCUUUGGCGAGAUGACCUUGGAGGACUUCCUGAUCAAAGCCGGGGUCGUGCAAGAGCCCCUGCCUAAGGCGACUCCACCGCCGCAGCCGCCUGUUCACAAGCCACAGAGGAACUUCAUGGAUCCCACUCCAUCUCUGGACGCGGGGCUCGGGAUGAGAAGUGCGAGCACAAGCGUGAGCGGGUAUGGAUACACCAACGCUCCUCAUGGCAGCGGGAACAACUUGGUGGGAAAUGGGUACCCAGGGUUCCAAAUGUACGCGCACAACAAUCGGUACAUGGGGGAAUGCACAAGUGGCAUCAUGAACGAGCGAUGCCAGAGCUUGGCGGAGGCAGUGGGGCUGAAGAGUCGAAGGAUAAUUGACGGCCCGCCGGAAAUAGUGGUUGAGCGAAGGCAGCGACGGAUGAUCAAAAACCGGGAAUCGGCCGCGAGAUCUCGAGCCAGGAAACAGGCGUACACAGUUGAAUUAGAAGUAGAGCUCAAUCAGCUUAAAGAAGAGAACGAGAAGCUCAAAAGGAUUGUGGCGGAGAGCGAGCAGAAACGCAGAAAGGAGAUGAUGAUGAAAUGGAAACUGCCAACCAAGGCGGAGAAGGCAGCUGAGAAGUUCAAGUUGAUGAGGAGGACGACGAGCAAUGCUUGGUGAAGGAGACGCCAUGUUCG